GUCAGUUAGCAUAUCAAGUUAGCUCUUCACCUACUUAAUCACUGAUUUAAAUAAUGUGUUAUUGUUCCACAAAGUACCGAUCAUGCGGACACAUUCCCAACAUCUGUUUGGGCACGUUUGCGUAAUUACGCACGUUCUGGCAACCACAGUGCAACCACUGUAUGUUCAAGCCACCACAUCUCUUGCUGAGAGUAAAUUACAAUAAUAGUGGGAACCAGCAAGCAAGAAAAUACAUAUUAAACAACCACUAUGUACCUUUUUGUUUACAUUUACAGUGUUAAGAUAAUACUCCGAGCAUUUCCCUUCUUCUACUCCACUACAUUUUAGAGGUUAUUAUUUGACGUUUUACUUUUUUUAACUUUAUUUUUAUUAAAAUUAGAUCUCCCUUUUCCAACUGCAACAUUAAUGCAAUACAAAUGAUAAUCCAGGAGUGUAUAUACAAUUAAAAUUAAAAGGUUUCACUUUUGUCUAAAUCUGUUUUGUCAAAGUGAUAGUUUACAUUUAGGAAAGGAACCAUUUAUAGUUAAACUAACCUGAAAAAAGUAUGUUUUGAAGCUACAAGCAGAUGCAGAUGCUUCCUAGUUGUCUGGCAAAGUUGUUCCUCAAAUGUUGGUCUUGGAUAAAGGAAUAACAAGAGACUUGGAAAACGCAGGGACCUAAAAGGGACAUAAAAUACCAGCAUGAGUAGUAUGUCUUCAAAUAUUGUGUGAGGAAACAAUGGCAGGAACUUAAAGUCUCUCUAUAGAUUUACCAAUGCCUGGACUUUGUGCAGGACAGUCUGCAGAUUAUUCAUGUAAAUUGAAAAGGGCAUUACAGUAGUUAUUUACAUACAAAUACAUACGGAAAGACAUUGUUUUAAAAAUGAAAAACACUUUAUUACCUUUUGAAACUGCGGUACAGUAUGACAAUAUCCAUGGAAAUAUUUUUCUUAAUCUUUUUACUGGGUUGUAACUCACAUAAACAAAACCCACUCGUGAUGCUCAUUUGACUUUAUGUGCUACUAGUAUUUUGUUUGUCGAAAUUGGUGGCAGCAGGAACAUUUUAAAAUCAACAGCCAAAUAACCAAAGAGAAGUGAAAAGAUCAGCAUCGUGCCCCAUUGUAUAACAAAAUGAUUGGAGGAAAAUAGUUUUCUUGGCCUUAUGCUUAAUAGUACAGGGAUCCAUAGGUAAUCAAUAACAACGACUACAAACCAAAAUAUAUAAAUCUUCUGAAUUCUUCAUCUGAGUAAAAUAAAGGAAAGUAAAACCUGUACUCCUCCUUACAGAAUACAGGUUCUGCAGGAGGAGUGGUUUAAGAAGAUUUGGGAGAUUUCCUAUACUAACAUCACAUGACCUAAUGGUAAUAAAAAUGCAGGCAUGUGGUAUAGAGGCUCAAUGCAUUGAGUGGAAAAUCAGGACACUAGUAAAGACAAUAGUCCCUGUAGGGUCACUCUCUGGCAGUGUUGGGUGUAACGCGUUACAAAAGUAACGGAGUUACAGUAAUGUAUUACUUUUUGCUUUAACAAAGUAAUGUAACGCAUUACUAAUUACAUUUGAGUAAUAUACUACCCGUUACAAUUCUCAGUAGCGCAGUUACAACUCAUUUUAACCCGAAAUGAAAUGGUGUUUUUUUUUUUUAGAAUUCACUAACAUCGUUAACAUCAAAAAUUGUGCCGGUAGAUUAGUAAACCUGGUGUUUAACUUAUUACUUACAAUAUGUAAUGUAUUACAUUUUGGAAGUAACUUGCCCAACACUGCUCUCUGGACUAUUUGAGGACGCCAUCUUUCUACUACAGCCAGUUUGCACACUGGACAGCAAGCUGUUAGCACAGAAGCUCCGAAGCCUGAAUACCUCUCACGCUCCAGGGGCCCACUUUGAGACAUUUAAAAUGCCACAAAACAUUACUUCGAAAGACAACCAUGCAAAUUCUGAACUCGGUCUUGAAGAAUGGCCGUGUUCCAAGGCUGGAAUAGACAGCGCUUUGGGCCUCGCUACUUCGCAGUGGAAUCCAGGACCUUUGGGCAGAGCCAUCUCCAGUGGGUCACGGUUAGACAUCCAGGCUUCACAGAUUGAACGCGCAGAGCUGGUCCCAAAGACUGAGAUUAAACUGUAUCACCGUCGCUGGAUCAUGCUUUUUCUCUUCAGUGCCGUCUCAGCCAGCAAUGCCUUCAUGUGGCUUCAGUACGGCAUUAUAAGCAACAUUUUCAUGCGUUUCUACAACAUUGACUCUUUUGCCAUUGACUGGUUGGGCAUGAUCUACCUGCUCACUUACAUUCCUCUCAUUCUGCCCGUCCUGUGGCUCCUGAAAAACAGGGGAAUCCGGGAUGUCAUCCUGAUUGGGUCAGCUUUUAACUGCAUUGGUGCUUGGAUAAAAAUUGGUAGUGCCAGUCCCAAUAUGUUCCUACUCACAUUUCUAGGCCAGUUUAUGUGCUCGGUAGGCACUGUGUUCAUCCUUGGUAUUCCCUCUUACCUCGCCUCAGUGUGGUUCGGAGAGAAAGAGGUUUCCACUGCUUGUUCCAUAGGAGUCGUGGGAAACCAGCUGGGUAUUGCCAUCGGGUUCCUUGUGCCUCCCAUCCUGGUGCCGAAUGUGGACGACAUGGACGAGCUGGCUCACCACAUCAGCAUUAUGUUCUACAUCACAGCAGCAGUGGCCACCUUACUCUUCAUCCUCGUGGUCUGUGUCUUCCAGGAGCGACCUACACUUCCUCCGACUCAGGCCCAGGCCACAGCUCGCAGCAUUCCCCCUGAGCAGUACUCGUACACAGCCUCGGUCCUCAGGCUGCUCCGCAACCGGCCCUUCAUCCUCCUCAUCAUCACUUAUGGUUUGAAUGUGGGAUGUUUCUAUGCUGUCGGCACCCUGCUGAACCGCAUUAUCAUCGAGCAUUACCCUGGAGAAGAGGUGAAUGCUGGGAGAAUUGGCCUCACCAUUGUCAUUGCAGGGAUGGUUGGCUCCCUGAUUUGUGGCAUUUGGUUGGACAAAACCAAAACCUACAAACAGACAACCCUUGCUGUGUACUUCAUGUCUCUGGUGGGGAUGAUCGUCUUUGCUGCCACACUCAGUCUGGGACACCUCUGGGUUGUCUUCAUCACUGCUGGAGCGCUCGGGUUCUUCAUGACAGGCUACCUGCCGCUGGGCUUUGAGUUUGCGGUCGAGCUGACGUACCCAGAGUCUGAAGGAACCUCAUCCGGACUGCUCAACUGUUCAGCACAGGUGUUCGGCAUUAUCUUCACCAUCAGCCAGGGGAAGAUCAUCGACAGAUUCGGCACUCUGGCAGGAAACAUCUUCCUCUGUGUUUUUCUUCUAAUCGGCACAGUAAUGACGGGCCUAAUCAAGUCUGAUCUGCGGAGACAAAAGGCAAACAUGUUGGCCAAAGCAGCAGCGGCGAAGCAGAUGUCAGGACAAGACUACGGAACCACAACGCUAAUCUCCAAUCCACAGACCCCCCCUUCACAAGCCUGAUCAAUGUACCUUUCUGCUUCCACAAAAAUAUCUUCUCAAAUCUUAGCUCAACAUGCAGAUGCACUAAGGUAGGAGCUCAGCAAUUAACACACACUGCUGGAAAUCACAAUCCUACUGCACACCCUUCACCUGUUCACUCUGCUCGUUCUGUCCUUUUGUUUCCAACUACUCUAAAUCAAAUUAACAAUAUCAUGUAAAUAUGAAACCUUUUAUUUUCUCACUAAUCCUUUUCUAGAUUAUUAUAUUUGAUGAUACCAAGGAGUCAUGCAUGUCCAUACAAAACAAUUUGAGCUAAUUUAUGAUAGCUUUGUUAAUGAAACUAUGGCCUUAUUUAUUUAUGUGUGAUUUUAUUAUGUAUUCAUAUACAGUAGGGAUGUGCAUCUCCAUCACUGAGGCCGAUGCGAUGCGCAUCUCGAUACGUUGCCACGAUACGAUACAUUAACGAUACAUUUGAAACACCAGGCGAUGCGAUACGAUACGAUUCACCCCUGUUGCGAUACAGUUCGAUACGAUUUGAUUCAACAUUAUGCGAUUCGGUGCGAUACGAUGCGAUUCAACACGAUGCAAAAAUAAUGA